AAAGCAAAACAAAAAAUAUUAAACAAAACAAAAUACAACUCCCUCAUGAAGGGUUUGAAUCUGAUCUUGGUUUUUCUUCUUCCUAGGAAAAAUCUAAUGGAUACUAAGUUUUCCCCCUCAUGAAAGAUGAAAGUAUACCAUUUCCCAAAAGAGUAAACAGAAGAAACAUGAGAUGUUUGGUGUAUCACACACAUUUCCAUGCACACACAACACUCUGUUUGGACUCUAUCCUAUUUCUAUGACUGUCUCUCAUGUAUAUACAGUCUUUUUUAACAGUCAAAACUCUUAUGAUUUUACAUCACUUCUAUAUAUAUUCUGCAAGUUUUUCUUUGUCCUCUCUUUAUUAUCUUACUUUCUAUCUGUAUAACUAUAUUUGUGUUGAUCUGAUUUUCUUGUUUUGUGUUUUGUUUGGGUACUUCUUUCAUAAGUUUUGCUUUUAAUACAUGUGGUAUUGAUUUGAGUCUUCACUUUUUUUCUUUCACUACCCCAAACUAAACAUAAACCAUAAACAUUACCACCACCUUCUUCUGUUUUCCUUUUCUUUUUCAUCUUUGUUUUCGUUGGUUGACACAGUAAUUUGGACUUGAAAGCACCCAUCUUUUCUUGUCCAUGGAAGAGUGUUAACUUCUUACCUUAUUAACCUGUUCAUCUGUUCUUUUAACUCUCUCUAUAUACAUCUUACUUCUCUUCUUUUUUAUAUAUCUACUCAUUAUCAAGCCUCAAAGAGAGUGAGGGUAGCAAUAUCGGAGCUCAUCUGAACCUUUUUAAGCUUCAGGAGAAAAGGAGUUUAUGAGACUCUUAGGAGGUGAAGUAGUAGGCAGUGAAGUUGGGAAGAAAGCAAUGUGGUUAUAUCCAAAGGUUUUAGGUUUCAAUCCUUCUGAAAGAUGGGGUCACUCAGCUUGUAGCUCUAAUGGAGUUGUUUACAUCUUUGGGGGAUGUUGUGGUGGAUUGCAUUUCAGCGAUGUUCUUACUUUGAAUCUGGAAACAAUGGCUUGGAACACACUCGAAACAACGGGAAAACGACCGGGAACAAGAGACAGCCAUAGUGCCGUACUUGUGGGGCAUCAGAUGAUUGUUUUUGGUGGUACAAAUGGUUCCAAAAAAGUAAAUGAUCUUCACAUACUGGAUCUUAAAACAAACGAAUGGAGCAUUCCUAAUUGUGAAGGGAUUCCUCCGUCCCCACGUGAAAGUCACACUGCUACUGUUGUUGGCGAUGAUAAACUAGUCAUAUUUGGUGGCAGUGGAGAAGGAGAAUCAAAUUACCUGAACGAUUCACACGUUUUAGACCUUAAAACCAUGAAAUGGAUUCCUUUGAAGAUUAAGGGUGGGCUUCCUGCUCCAAGAGAUAGUCAUAUCGCGGUUGCAAUCCAUAACAAACUUCUUGUAUAUGGGGGUGACUGUGGUGAUCGAUAUCACGGUGAGGUUGAUGUUCUCGACAUGGACACGAUGACUUGGUCUAAGUUGUCUGUUCAAGGAAGUUCACCUGGUGUUAGGGCAGGUCAUGCAUCUGUAAAUAUCGGUACCAAGGUUUAUGUCAUUGGCGGUGUAGGAGAUAAGCAUUACUACAAUGAUGUUUGGAUCCUCGACGUGAACACUUGUUCAUGGACCCAACUUGACACGCGAGGUCAUAAACCACAAGGUCGAUUUUCUCAUACAGCUGUGCUUACAGAUUCAGAUAUUGCUAUAUAUGGCGGCUGUGGUGAGGACGAGCGUCCAUUAAAUGAGUUAAUCAUCUUGCAGCUCGGAUCCGAGCACCCCAAUGGCCGUUACAACAUUUCUUUAUGUAAGAUUUUUGGUAGUCAUUGGAACCAUGAGAAAAGAAGGUUUCCACAAGGAGCAGAGACUGAAUUGGUCUAUGUGAAUAAAGGAGAGCAACAUAAGAGAGCUAGUGAAACCGAACCAAAGCAAGCUGUGUUGCGCAACUCAGAUGUUGUACACGCAAAGAAACGGAAAACAAGUGAUUCUAAGCCAUGCGAAGUGGAAUCCGAACAAGAAGAACACUCCCUUUCAUUGUCGCAGCAUUCAUCUCCUUCCCAAUCUGACCAAGAGCAGACACCGAUUAAAGCAACACCUCGUCCAUUAUGUUUGUUGAAGCAACGUUUUCAGAAUCCAAAUGUAAACAAUGUCGUAGAGACUCAACCGGAUCAGAUUAGUAGCAUUCGAAGAAGCCCACAAGAUUUUCAUUUCGUGUCUGGAGAAAAUCCUAGACACCCCCCAAAGCAAGAACAGUUUCUACAUAUGAACGUAGGCCGGCCAGAAGGACAAUUUUCCAUGGAACGCAAACCAAUUGAAGCUAUGCCAGUGCAUUCCUUGAUUGGUGCUGAUGUUCGAGGUAAAGUGGAUGGAGCAUUCGAUUCAGGAUUCCUAAUGACUGCAAAUGUUAACGGCAAGAUCCUUAGAGGAAUCUUAUUUGCUCCUGGAAACGGGUUUGUAUCAAGGGGUGUUGUUCUUUCUUCAAGUUCACCAGCUUUAGGUAAUUCAGUUCCCGUCAUUCAGCCAUACACAAAUCCGAAUGUCAGACCGUGUCAACAACCAAUGGCAUUUGGAAUGCCGGAAUCAGGUCAUCAUCAUCAUCUCGGAAGAACCCAAGCAACUUCAGUAGUUAGAAGAACUCCUUCAUCAAACCGUUCUUCGGGUAUCCGAAAUGACCUUAAAGAUGUAGUUUUAACGCUAGGAGGUCCAGGAAGCCUGUAACAACUAACAAGACUCUAAACAUAAUGUGUCCUGGUUUUGUAAAUCUUGAAUAGUUACUAGUAGUAUUAGUUAGGAUUAAUCGAGCUUGGAUCAAUGUUUGUUCACAAACAUUCUUUUAUCAAUCAUUUCCAGUUUUAAUUGUGUCU